GCACAACGCAUUUCAGCUGUGUUCACUUCCGUAGAUUUAAGCUGCUGCGGUCGAAGGGAGAACGCAUCAAGGUUUUCUCCCUUCGCUCCUUUUUUUUUAAACAUCACCUUUCUUUUCAUUGUUGUUUUGAACUCCCUUUUCGAUUCUGUAUCGUCGACACACAUCACGAGCAAUCUCACGAAACAAACAAAAAAACAACAGCAAAUAUCAUUCUUCUUCUGGAAGAGAGUGUGUCAUGUCCGAAACGUCCCCAAUUUCGGCGAGCGCGAGUGCGAGUCUCGCCGUGUCGCCGCAGAUGCACGCGUCAGCGCCCGACGCGUCGAUCAGGCGACGGCAAAAACCGAUCUCUUUCCAGCGCAUGGCGAUGAUCCAGGAAGAGAUUGCCCGCAUCGACAAGCACCUCGCGGCGCUCGAGGAGAGCGAGAGCAAAGGGAUGGGACCCGAGUCGGUGGCGCAGAGCAACCUCACCACCGAAGACGUGAUUGACCCCGUGGUGCUGCACAUGUUGACGGUGGAGCUCUGCCAGCUAGCCGCCUCGGGCGACGCCGUCGGUGCCCGCAUUCUUCUCAACGGCGGCGCAGACCCGAACAGCCGCGAUUACGACGGCAGCACGCUGCUGCACAUCGCGUGCAUGAACGGGCGCCUCUCCGUGAUGAACGUGCUGUUGGAGUUCGGCGCGGAUGCCUCGCUGGUCGACCGCGACGGGCGCACCCCGCUCGAGGUAGCCGAGGAGAACGGCUUCGCGGAUGUUGUGCAAACGCUCUCGGGGUACUUCCACACCGAUCAGACCGUCAUGCCGGACUCCUUCGAGGGUCACGUGUCGUCUACGGCAUCGUCGCCAGCGUCGAUGCACGCUCCGGAUUUCUCCGCGGUGCCGCAGCCGAUGCUCGGCUCCCUUAUUGUGGUCAUGGUCGGCCUGCCCGGUCGCGGCAAGACGAUGGUCGCGCAGCAGAUCCGGCGGUACUUCCAGUGGAAUGGGCUGACGUGCUCCAUCUUCUCGCAUCAGCUCUAUCGGCGACGCGUUGAAAAGGCCAUGACAGAACGGAGCGACGGCGGCGGUGGGAGCAGCAACGUUGAUGUGAACUCCCCGGCCGGAAUUGCAGAGCUGGAGUUCCGCGUGUCGAAGGAGCUCGCGCAGGACCUCACGAAAUACGUGUGGAAGACGAGCGGCGUCGCUAUCCUGGACGGCACGCAGACGACGCACGCCCGCCGGCAGUCGCUGCUCCGCGCUAUUCGCGACACCAAACGCAUCAACACGACCCGCGUGGUGUUUGUGGAGUUGGUGCUGAACUCGCCGGAGUUCAUCAUGGCGAACAUCUUGAGAGCGAAAGAGACCUUUACAGACCCGCCGCCGGACUUCGUGGAGCGGUACUACCAGGUGAUGGCCCAGCACGAGGCGGUUUACAAGACACUGAACCCCAUCACGGACUGCGACAUGUCCUACAUCCGCAUCGAGGACGCGAAGACGUACUCGCUGAACAUGAUCUCCGGCUGGAUGCCGAGUCGACUGGCAUUCAUGCUGCAUAACUUAAGCCACACCCCGGUGAACCUGUACCUGACGCGCGCAGGGGAGUACGUGGAUAUGCUGAGCGGCCGUAUCGGCGGCAACUCGCGACUCACGAAGCGUGGCCGUGCGUACAGUCGUGCCCUGUUCAAUUACUUCAAGUCUGAAAUCCCAUCGACGACGGCGCUGACGGUGAUGACGAGCUGUGCAAAGCGGUGCACGCAGACGGUCCAUUACUUCGCGGAGGAGUCCAUCAAGUUGCAAGGGCCCCCGAAUGCACCUGCGGCUGCCACUGUUGCUGAGCACCAGCCGCCCCAACAGCAGGAAAACGCUGCUGAGCUGCACUGUCGAGUCUCCUACUUCCCCACCUUAGACGACAUCAAUCACGGUGACUGUGAAGGGCAGCUCCUGUCCGACGUACUGCGUACAAUGCCGAACACGCUGCAAUCCAUGAAGGCGGACCCCUACUACGCUGGCUGGCCGAACGGGGAGUGCAUUCAUCAGGUCUUCAACUCCCGCCUCGAGCCGCACAUCCACGACAUCCAAGCCAGCACCACCCCCGUGCUGGUCUGCUCACACCUGAAUCUGCUCCAGGGCCUCUACUCGUACUUUGUGACGGAGGGCGACAGCGUCGUCGCGCCGCAGAACGCGCUGCAGAUUGACAUCUCCUCCGAGUACGUUAUUAAAAUCCGUAUGGUCGGCGUCAACCGCGUGGCGGAGCGUAUUUGCCUCUCGGCCGCAGUGGAGGCCAUCCUGCACGCCGACGAGCUCUCUCCAACGUCGCAAUAG